UAUAUAUUAAUUUCAAGUUCCUAUUCAACCUACUUAUAAGUUACAUCUUUGUGUCCGAGUCUGCAUUGUUCAUUCUGAUUUCCUCCCUCAUUUUGUUUCACUAAUUGAAGGAAAAUAUGGCUGUGCCUACAAGGACAAUAUUGAUGAGCUUUGUUAUGAUGAAUGUGCUGGUUGAAUUGGCCGCGGCAGCGACUUACACAGUUGGUGGUCCAAAUGGCGGGUGGGAUGCAUCUACCGACCUGCAAACAUGGGCGUCGUCGCAAACAUUCUUAGUCGGAGAUAAUCUAAAUUUUCAGUACUCGCCUAGCCAUAAUGUGCUUGAGGUAUCAAAGGCAGACUAUGAUUCUUGCCAAGGAAGCAACUCAAUUCAGGCUUACAGUGGUGGCAGCACUACUAUCCCUCUCUCUUCUGCAGGGAAGAGAUACUUCAUUUGUGGAACAAUCGGACAUUGUAGCCAGGGAAUGAAGCUUGAAGUUGGCACUAGUCCUGCAACUACUUCUGCCCCUCCACCAACAGCUUCUCCAGCCGUGAACCUCGCUCCACAAGGAUCUCCUUCGGCUACUCUACCGCCUUCCUCGGACACUCCUUUGGCCUCCUCUCUUGCUCCAGACACUUCUGCUGCUUCACCCUCACCUGCACAUUCACCAGAACUUGCCUUCAGUCCUACGCCAACCGCUGUUACCAUCCCUGCAACUGAAUCUCCCACUUCCAUCUCUCGAACCGGGGCUUCCUCAGAACCAUCAGCUGCUUCAUCGCUUAACAAAGGCGGUCUCACUCUGGGAUUUGGUAUCAUGAUGAUUCUGUUUCUCGCCUUCUAAGCUUUUAAGCAAGGAAGAUUCUUCAGGAUGAUCAU